UUACCGUAGUGUGCGUGCCUGGCGGCCCUGCAUGAGGUGCGAUGGGCGCGACUAUCGCCGGGUUGUAGCCGGCGGUGCGCUUUACCGAGGAGAUCACGUCACAAGGUGCUGUCGCCCUCCAGGUCCGAGCUUGACUGCGCAUGCUGCCUUCCGUUUGUCCUUCCAUAGCCAGCUGAACCACAGCACGUAUGGCGAGCCCAGCGGCCACGCGGAUACUUGUAGCACGGGGAGGAGCAGCAGCAACCGCGGACGGGGAGCGCGAGUGCAGGUACCCCACACGUGUUUACGUGCUAUGAGCGUACGUACUGACCUACAGACUCUCACGACUUGGGCCUGGACUCCUGGCAUCUUUGCAGCAGCAGGCGCAGCAGGCUCCUAGUCCCGCGGAGGAGGGAGGAGGAGGGUCCCGCCCAGCACGCGCAUGGCCUGGCUCGGCGCAAGAACGCCCACAACGUAGUUGUGGGCGUCAAGCGGGGGGCCGUGCAAGGGGAGGUAGGAACAGGGGGGCAGAAAGCUCAGAAUAUUGCCCCAUGCUAGGAAUUGCAGAGCUUUCGGAGAGCAUUGCGCACGAACUUAUAGUUUUGUCGGGGUGGGGGGUUAGUUCUGGGCCGCCAAAGUUGGGGGGUCGGUCGUCGUCCGUGGGGGGCCCGCGUCCGGAUUUCGGGAGCCCAUCCUGGCGGAUUUCGGGAGGUGCCCCACAAGCAGAAGUAGGGGCCAAACGCAGCAUUACGAGGCUCAUAUGUGCACGUUAUGCUGUAUCAAGCACAAACAAAACGUAGGAGGGCCAUUUUGCGAGUAAAGGGGAGGCUACGUCCGUGCACGUCAGGCCUGCAUAUGGGUCCCUAGAGGCGCCUUCAGUCCUUUGUAUAACUUUGGGGUGGAAGUGGGAGGGGAGGGGGGAAAUGACAAGUGGCCGAAUUGCCAACCGCGGGUCGGUGGGAGCCGGUAACAUGUCCCCACAUUCAGCGCAUGUGCACUGACAUGGCGGACGAGAGUACAUGUUUGGCACGGCUGCAGAUGCACGCUGUUCAUACAUCACAUUGCCGAGAGUUGGACAGAAUGUGGUGUGUGUUGAGGGGAUUUCCAAAGAUAGAACGCGUGUGACCGAAGCCGCAGAACGGGACCGCCAAUGGCACAGCGUGGUGGCGCUCGUCAAGAGGAGUCGAUUGGCGCUGUGUCAAAUGGAAGGGUUUUUUUGUUGUGUGUUCUAACCCCUCAAUACAAAGGUUUCGUUUGUGGGUGGGUCGAUGACAAGGGCUGAGGAGUCCUGAUGAGCUGGGGGUCACGUGCGUGCUGCUGCACCUGGCCUGUCACUGCACGCCUACACCUUUAAGAUGGCGGCCCGCAUCUUGACGCGGCUGUUAUGCUUUGGUGCCUACUGUGUCCUCGUUUCAGGUGAGCGGAUAGCCGGGGCCGCCGUGGGUGGAGCUGCCAAUGACAUUGCCAUGCGCAACUGUCGGGCUGCGACACAAGACGUUGACAAGCGCGGCCUGAGGAGUCCAGAUGGGCCGAGUAUGCUGGCGCGAUGAUGCUACACCGCAGGUCGAAGGGAGGAUGCCCAAAACAUAGAUUGCUAUGGCAUUACGUGAGGUCCUGCUGAGAUUUGAACUCAGGUUAGCAGAUUCAGAGUCUGCUGUCCUAACCACUAGACCACAGGACCAGGUGAUGACAAAUGGAUAUUUUUGCGUGGUAAUAAAGCAGACAGACGUAACCGCGGACUGCCACUCAGCCCUUUACCUCCAUACGACUGUCGUGAUGCGUACCGCGAUCCCACCCCAGUCGCUCCUCUCCGCUCCCCCGAAUACCGCACGAUGACAUGACCAGGAGAUGGGGUGCAGGCUGGAGGCCUGGAAGGACCUGCGGUGCAGCGCCGAGAGGGCAGGGUCCUCUCGGACCAGCACAGA